GCCAGCCCCAGCUCCAUGGAGGGGGGGUGGGCGGCUGUGAACAGCCCCCUCAGGCAGGCAGGUCUCAGGCCCUGGGACGAGCUGGGUGCGUGGUGCCGGGGGAGGGGCGGAAGCAUCGCAUCAUCUAACAGGUUGGUCGGGCUGGGAGGCGUCCCGCCCUCCCGGAGCUAAUGAGCACUGUAGGACAGGUGUUUGCUCCUCAGUCCCCAGCCUGCCCUGCCUGCGACCAGAGCCAGCUGCCCGCCACCCCUCAAAGGCUCACUCACACCCCCGUGCCCUCCCGAGUCCCGGGCCCGGGGGCCGCGAUGGCCUGCCGCUCCUGCGUCGUUGGCUUCAGCAGCCUUAGCAGCUGUGAGGUGACCCCUGCGGGCGGCCCCCGGCCUGGGACCUCGGGAUGGGACAGCUGCGGAACCCCCGGGCCAGCCUUCAGCUCCCGCAGCCUCACAGGCUGUGGGCCGGCCGGCACCAUCCCCAAGGUAACCGUGAACUCCAACCUGCUGGUGCCCCUGGACCUCAAAGUGGACCCAGCCAUCCAGCAGCAGAAGAACCAGGAGAAGGAGGAGAUGAAGGUCCUCAACGAUAAAUUUGCCUCCCUGAUUGGCAAGGUGCAGGCCCUGGAGCGGCGCAACCAGCUGCUGGAGACCCGCUGGCACUUCCUGCAGGGCCAGGACUCCGCCACCUUCGACCUCGGGCACCUCUAUGAGGAGUACCAGGGCCGGCUGCAAGACGAAGCGCGCAAAGUGAGCCAGGAGCGGGCCCAGCUGGAGGCCAACCUGCUGCAGGUGCUGGAGAAAGUCGAGGAGUUUCGAAUCAGGUAUGAGGACGAGAUCUCCAAGCGCACAGACAUGGAGUUCACCUUCGUCCAGCUGAAGAAGGACCUGGAUGCGGAGUGUCUCCGGCGGACCGAACUGGAGACCAAAUUAAAAGGCUUGCAGAGCUUCGUGGAGCUGAUGAGAAACAUCUACGAGCAGGAGCUGAAGGACCUGACAGCCCAAGUGAAGGACGUGUCGGUGACCGUGGGCAUGGACAGCCGCUGCCACAUUGACCUGAGCGGCAUCGUGGAGGAGGUGAAGGUCCAGUAUGAUGCCAUCGCGGCCCGCAGCCUGGAGGAAGCCGAGGCGUACUCCCGGAGACAGCUGGAGGAGCGAGCCGCCUGCUCAGCUGAGUUUGGGAACAGCCUCCAGAGCAGCCGCAGCGAGAUCGCUGACCUCAACGUGCGCAUCCAGAAGCUUCGAUCCCAGAUCCUCUCCAUCAAGAGCCAUUGCCUGAAACUGGAGGAGAACAUCAAGGUGGCCGAGGAGCAGGGGGAGCUGGCCUUCCAGGACGCCAAAGCCAAACUGGCCGAGCUGGAGGCCGCCCUGCACCAGGCCAAGAAGGACAUGGCCCGGCAGCUGCGGGAGUACCAGGAGCUCAUGAACACCAAGCUGGCCCUGGACAUCGAGAUCGCCACCUACCGCAAGCUGGUGGAGGGCGAGGAGUGCAGGAUGGACUUGCCUUCUACCGCCAUGGUCAGCGUUGUGCAGUCCAGAUCCAGAACCGCCCCUUCCCUGCCCCACCCCUUAUGUUCCCUGUAGCUGCCUCCAAGUCUGGCCUUUCAAGAGCCCCCUCCCGGAUCAAGAAGAACAGAAAAGGCCCUGUGAUCCAAAUCACCGAAAUGUCUGAGAAGUUCCUCUCGCAGGAGUCGGAGGCCUCAGAGUAAGGCAGCUGGACCCCGGGAGCCCAAGUCACCCCCCUGCAGCAGGAGGGACUUAAGCUAGGCUCAAGAAAGCAGCUUGGAGCCGCUAGGUUGGGAGGGGAGGCAAACCUGACUCUGAAUGAGACAGAGAAGGGUUCACAGCAAGGCCUGCUUUUUCGUGGGCUGCCUGGGGUGGCACGGGACUGUCGCCGGCUCUUGGGAAUCACGCCACUCCAUCUCGGUAUUGCAGUCCUGCCCUUCCCACCUCCUGGCCGGAGGCUUUCCCAACUGGGUAAACUGGUAUCAGGGGUCAGUUUUAUCACCAUCUCCUUGCUCUUCUGAGGCUCCUCCGCAAACAGAGGGCUCUGACCGAGGAAUCUUUGGCCCUUUCGCCCAACCCUUGCCCUAAACUCGCAUCUCAAGCCUUGCCUUGCCUCUGCCCCAGGACUGAGGCGGGUGCCCUCGCUCACCCAGCCCCAACCAGCCAUGAAUCAGGGGCUGGUGUUCCUGGGUGCUGAGCACCCCCGGGGCCCCCAGAGACCUGACAGUAUUAGGGAGUGAAAGGAGGAAGUUCCCCAGGUGUGUGGGCCCUGAGCCCGGGGGUCAGCCCAGACACCUGUGCCUCUUCCCUCCUCCUGUGGGUCCAGUCAGAACUGGACAGGCUGCCCAGCCUGCUCCCGGCUCCUUCUCCAGAAGCUAUUCUUGCCAUGAUAAACCCCCCACGGGAGGGAAGCCCGAUGGCAGCCUGGGACCAAGCAGGAGAAUGUGGCCCUCCCCUCUCCUCCCUGACAUCCGGCGGUUCACCAUCCUGCCCAGGAUCCAAGCUCUCUGCACCCCCAUCUCCCGCCUAGGUGUUUCCAAGCCUGGAACUUGGCCCUGGUGUGCCAGGCCCUGGAGACCCCUAGGCCCACCCCUAUCAUGAAACCCUGGGCCAUUUCCCAUGAAUCCCACCUCUCGGGGUCUCUGUUCUCUCCAUCAGGCCGAUCAGAUUGACCCUUCCCUCCUUUGUAUCACUGAGGGGCCCAGGAACACCCCCGCACCUGUGGGGUGAGAGCCCCCUCCUCCCACCACGCCCACUCCCCUGCCUACAGUGGGGCCAUGAAGAAGGCACAGUCCAGGCAGGUCUGGGAGCUUCUGAGCCCUUCAGAUUGGGCGGGGGAGCCCCAGCGACAACCAAAAGGAAUUCCGCAUCCAAAGAGAAGAUCAGGGCUGGGAGGAGCGUUCUCUUUCCUCACCUUGGCUCUCACCUCUGGGGCUCACAGGGGGAUCCUGGCAGCUCCAGCCCCCCGGGUCCACGAACCACCCUCUGUCCUUCCCUCCCUUCUCCCUACCUGCCCUUGCCUCUCUCCACUGCUAGCCUCAGUCUUCCUUUCCUUCAUCUCAAUUUCCAGGACAUGGUCCCCCAAGGCCCCUGCGAGGCCUCAAGGUCCUCCAGCCUGCGGGGGGCGCUGAAGGGCCACUGACUCUCAGGCUGGAGGAAACUCAGACAUAGACUCAUCCCUGAAGUCCCCAAAGGGUGCUGAUUGCUGCUCUUUCUCUGCCUAUUUAUUGGUUUCCAAGGGAGCAAGUCUUCAGUGGGGAUGCAAGGUAUAUAAAGUAUAUAUAUUAUUUUUCAUAACUUAUGUGGCUUUUAACUUAUUGCUUCCCUUCCUGUUUCUGCAUAGUCAGUGCUAUAUUUACUAUCUGGAUAAACAACACAUAUCCCAGCCACCCCGCUGGCUGGCAGACUAUCUCGGGGCAGUGCCCCCUUCUCCCUCCAGGGGAUGAAUAAAAUGCUGAGAUUUGUCCGUGGAAAAA